AGCGGCUACAUUAACCGUGGUUCCAGGAAGAGCGGCUGGCUUAACCACAGUAUUUAUAAGGUGUUGUAAAUAUGAGCGGGGGUGAAAUCUGGAACUUCGUAUCCUGCUGCGUUUCUCUGAACUCAUUCGAGAGUACACAGAAGAAGCCGUGUGACUCUUGCAAGCCAGUUGUAACUUCUUUCUUGACAAUUCAGUGGCUUAAAAAACUGACCAGGGAGAUUACAAGGCCAUUAACUUCACGUGCAACAUUUAGAGAAUCAGCUUCAAUAUUUAAAGCGGUUACGUCCAUUCUCCAUGGCCACGUCAAAGUCUAAAAGAGCAAUAGGACUUUCAGUGGUCGGACUUUUAGCAGUUGUUUUUGGGACUGUUCUUGUGUUUGUGGGACCAGUUGUUAUCGACGAUCAAAUAAUAAAGAAUGUAGAAAUCAACCCCCAAAAUAACCUCUCCUACACUAUGUGGAAAGACAUUCCUGUACCAUUUUUCAUGUCCAUAUAUUUUUUCAAUGUUCUCAACCCUGAAGAGAUAUUGGCAGGAGAGAAGCCCACAGUUGAGCAAAGAGGUCCAUACGUGUACAGGGAGAAGCGUUGGAAAGACAAUAUCACUUUCCAUGACAACAAAACAGUGUCUUACCGUGAAUAUCGGCAGUAUUUCUUUGAGGAGAGCAUGUCUGUAGGCAAUGAAUCUGAUAUGGUCACCAUCCCAAACAUGCUAGUGCUGGGAGCAUCAGUGAUGAUGGAGAAUUUGCCCCUUCCACUGCGGAAAAUGAUAAGUAUCACCUUCAAAACUUUUAAGGAGGGCCCCUUUGUGACAAAAACUGUAGGCGAGCUUAUGUGGGGCUACGAAAGCAAGUUGCUGGACUUUCUGAACAACUUACUCCCUGGCAUGAUGCCAUUUAAAGGGAACUUUGGACUAUUUGUUGAGUUUAACAACUCCAACACUGGGUUGUUUACUGUCUUCACGGGUCAGGAUGACAUCAGGGUAGUUCACAAAGUGGAUUCCUGGAAUGGUUUGAAGAAAGUAAACUACUGGAAAUCAGACCAGUGUAACAUGAUCAAUGGUACAGCAGGGCAGAUGUGGCCACCAUUCAUGACUACAGAAUCCACUCUGCCAUUUUACAGUCCAGAUGCCUGCAGGUCAAUGGAGCUGGUGUAUAAGAGACCAGGAACUACGCAAGGAAUCCCUGUGUAUCAUUUUGUGGCUCCAAAAACACUCUUUGCCAAUGGCUCAGAUUAUCCUCCAAAUGAAGGCUUCUGUCCAUGCAGACAGUCAGGUCUUCUUGAUGUUAGCACUUGCAGGCAUAACUCCCCUACAUUCAUUUCCCAUCCACAUUUCUACAAUGCUGAUCCUGCCCUUUUGCAGACUGUCAAUGGACUUAGCCCCAACGAGGAUGACCAUGGGCUCUUCAUUGACAUACAUCCAGACACUGGAAUACCUAUGAAUGUGUCUGUCAAGCUGCAACUUAACCUGUUAAUGAAACAGGUAUUAGGAAUAACACAAACUGGUAAAAUAGCUGAAGUAGUGAUGCCUUUGCUUUGGUUUGGUGAGAGUGGCUACAUUGAUGGGCCUGUACUCAGUGUGUUCCGAAUGAACCUUGUAAUUUUACCUCUGGUGAUAGAGUAUAUGCAGUACACCUUCAUUGGACUUGGACUGGGCUGUAUCAUAGGAGCAAUGGCGCUGCAACUUAGUAAGAAGAUAGACAAGAAACAAGGGACAUUUGGAGUCACAGAAGACAAGGGGAGUUGAAGUCAAGAUCAGAGCCCCCAAAACAUAGACCCCGACCAAGACCACAUAUAACCAAGACCCCGGCCAAAUGCCAAAAUUUUUUAAACUUUGAAAUAGAUAGGAAACAUUUACAUCCACCAGUGUGGUUCUAGUAACUGUAACUAUGGUUCUAUGAACCCCAGAUAACCAACAGGAGUGGUGGGAAUCAUCUGGUCACCUACUCAUUUGCAGAUAUGCACAUUUGCCAUGACCUGUCAGCAAAGUCACAAAGUGAUGUAUUUGCAAUAAUUACUGCUGGCAUACAGCCACUUUUGUCUGGACCCAGCUUGCCAAGUUGCCAGGUUGGACUUGGACAAGGAACCACAAGGUCACCAGAGUCACCUAGCCACCAAUGCAUGCAUGGCAAACUGUUCACCAGAGCAUAUAGUUAUUCAGCACUUUUUGCUGAAGUGAUCACUACUGAAAAGAGGCACUAAUUUCAAUCAGUUCAAGGGACUCCAGCACAAGAGGUAUAUCCCCAGCACAAGGGGGAGAUCCGUGCUGGGUUCUUAGGGAAACAUUGUGGAUGUAGCGGAAGACCAGUCAUUGGGCUCUGUUCCAGUCAUUGGGCUCUGAGAGUUGUGUGGUCUCACUCUCUGUCUUUUAAAUGAUAAAUGCAGAGGCAUUGAGCACAUAGCUGCACAAGUGUGAGUCUUGCAGUAUGGGUCUUUAAGCCUUUAAAUUGAAGAACAUGAAAUGAGGAAAAUCUGACCGAAAGUGAAACAAAUGUGGGGUCCACUGUAUUGAGAGAAAACCCCAGUUUCAGAGCUGUGUAUUAGUGGAAAUCUAGCUCAAUAGGCAAACACAAAAAAGCAGUGAACAGCUGUGAAAAAGGGAAAAACCACUCAACCAGGCUAUCAGCAUUAAGCCACAGGCUCACUAGAUCGUAGGAGAUGUGGAAUAAUAGACGGGGGAAAAUAGCCAGUGGGAUGAAUGAGCAGUAAAUGCUAAAUUCUAAGCUCUACACAGUGCAAGAAGCCAUGGAGUUCCAUAGUAUUAUAUGAAAAAAGGCACUAGUAAUGUGAAAAAAUACACUUAUUGAAUAACAGGUGAGAGGAUGCUAUUCCCAGCCUUGGAGCAGUUAGCUCUUCAUAGUGAACAGUUUGUCAGACAUAGAUGUUUAUUUUAUGACUUCUUCAUUGCUGCAUCAAUUAAAGAAAUAGAUUUCCAAACAAAAUUAAAUGCUACAGAAAAAUUUCUGUAUGUUAGUAAAGAAGGUGAUAUAUUAAAUAAUCGAUCCGUGCUGGCUCUCAGGGAUUACCUGCAAAAACAGAAGCAAGUUUCACAGUCAAGGUCUCCAGAAGAACUGUGGCAGGUUCUCCAAGAAGUUUAGAAAAACUUACUAGCUAGUGUUCUCAUAAAAUUGUAUGAAGUGUACCAGAGACUAAUGAUGUAUUUUUAAAACCCAAUAUUUAGAUUGUGCUUUAGUGCUGUUUACUGCUCUUUAUAGAAAUUCUUUUGUAGAAAACAUUUUAUUUAAUUAUUUUUGAAUUCAUCUUUGCUUUACAGCAUUUCGUUAAAUGUGCCUUAGACUUUUGCACAGUACUGUAUAUGAGGUGAGAAGAAGAAAAAGGAAAAUGGCUUUAUGACAGUGUUAUUUAUUGCAAAUACAGCAUCCUAUGCCACUUUGUAAAAGGUCUUGCCAUGCGUGUACAAGUCAUACAAUGGUAUCCAGGUGAUUCUCCCUGGUGGUUAGAAGGGGUGAAACAGAACAUUCAGUUUUAAGCAAUAAUGCUAGCUAAAAACAACAUUAUCUACAUUGUAAUCUCAAAAGCAAAAUAGGUGUAACAUGGCUGGCUAGUCACUUACCAUCCUGGAAAUAUUCAUGGAUCAUUAACGAUUGUACACCGCUAAAAGCUGGUGCUAUUAAACAUGUUAAUUACAUGCAUAUAGUGCAUUUGCUUUUUGCUAUUGCUGCUAAUGCUAUUGCAUAUUAUUUAGUACUGCUGGUGGGCAGGUAAUAAUGGUGGUGGUCUUACAGUAUAGCAUGAACUGGUCAAUUCUUUUCAAUCAACAUUGCAAGCGUAUGUACAAAAAAAAAGUUAUAAGCAAGAUAAGGUCUUGAAUUUUCUGUACUGUUUAUAUGUAUGAUUUAAAUACUGAUCCUAGGUAUGGUUUUAAUUAAGGCAAGAAACACAUGAUGAUUGCAAAUAAACAAUGCCCAAAUGGACCAGUGGUUAUUAUACAGGAAGCUGAUUUAAAAAAAAAAAAAAUUAUUGUUUUUUUUUUUUAAAGUCUCAAGGCUGUGAGAUCAAUACUCCAACUCUGGUUUAACAGGAAUGUUAAAUGAAGUCUGCUUAUUCUUUUAGGGAAGCAAUAAAGACACAAAUCAUGAUCCAACUCACAAUGAAAAGUAUAUCGUAAAAGAUACAG